CAACGCUGAGCCCGUUUUGCAGCCCCGGUGCUCUCGCCUCUUGCCCUAGCGUCGCUCACGGCUCUACGAGAGCCUCUGCGUGACCGUGGAUAGGAGCCCCCAGACGAAACCCCUGCCGGGAUGCGUGGGCAGGUCACGUAGAAGCGGAUGCUGCAAUGUAUUUCUGCAGUGGGUGCUUAGAGGCGUUGGGCUGCGCCGAUUCCCGAGUGUGCGCGCAGCUCUGGAAGCGAAAGAAGCCUCCAAAGAGAACACCUAUGCCAUCGUAACUUUAUUUUUUAGAGGUGGCUACAACGCUGUGAAGGGCAGGCAGGAUGUUUCUACGUCACUUCCAGAAAAGUACCACGGAAGGGAUCUUCCCCCUCUUGGGGGGCUCCUGUAGGUGACGGAGGUGAGGACGAGCUCAUCUGCUGCAGGUCCAAACUCCGUUUCUGAAGGACUUUGGAGGUGAACGUCGGUGGCUGUGGCCAGCUGCAGAGAGCUGAGAUCUGCCCCAAAAUCAUAGAAUGGUUUGGGUUGGAAGGGACCUCAAAGAUCAUCUAGUUCCAACCCCCCUGCCAUGGGCAGGGACACCCUCCACUAGCCCACAUUGCCCAAAGCCUCAUCCAGCCUGGCCUUGAACACUGCCAGGGAGGGGGCCUCCACAACCUCUUUGGGCAACCUGGGCCAGGGCCUCACCACUCUCACAGUAAAGAAUUUCUUUAAAUCCCAGCUGUUCUCCCCAAAGCUGGCCCACAGAGGUCCCAUCCCGUGGCAAAGAGGAGCCACUCGAGCAGAGGAAGGCUUUUUGAAGCGUGCGAGGGCUUCUGCAGGAUGACUGCUGUGUCCCUCAGGCCAACGCAGGCUGGAGGUGAUGGGCGCUGAGUGCUGUGCUCAGGAUUGGGGGUCACAAGGCUUUUGCAAAGCAAACCCGAAUUUUGUGAUGCACCCCGUGAGGUUGAGGGGCCUUUGAAAAGUGAGGGGACGCUUCAGCUCAGGGAGGGAGAGACCCCUGCAAAGCUUCCACCGGUCCCUCGUUUCAUCCCCCAAAGCUCCUUGGGCUGCGUUUGUUGGCGAAGUGGAGCCCUUACAGUCACAAAGCCUCGUGCUUCUGCAGCUAAGGAGAUCUCCAAGAAAACUCUGAGGCAAAAUCCACCUUCGGUAAAGGCAAGUUCUGAAGCUUCAGCAGGCGUCAGAAACGCUGCCUAAGCCUUCUCCUCUGGUGCUGAGGGGGAGUAUCUGCGUGGAGCGCUUGCUGUAACCAUCAAAUACUUAGCUUGUUUUAAUAUUUAAAAAAAAAAAAAACCCCAACCCAAACCACCAACACCACAACUUCGAGCUACAGCGUCCGAAAGAGGAUCAGGCCCGUGAAGAUGUGCUGUAAGAACGAGAAAUCGCUCUGACGCAGGGACAGUUGGGUGAGUUGGGUAAUACCUCUGUGACCGCUGGGAUAAGGCGGAGUUGGCCGCCGAGAAUACGUUUCUGAGUGUUCAGAUGUGAAGCCAGAGUUCUAGCUCAAACCUCGACCUAAUGCGGGGUACGCAAACACCUUUUUUUGUGCCUGCGUCUCUCCUGGGCUCGUUCUCUGCGGACAUUUAAGCUAACGGUUUAGUGGUGAUCCAAGCUGGGUGCAAAGCCGCGAAGGUGACGGCCACUUCGCUAGACCUUAGAGGACAAAUCCUCUUUAAAAUCAUGACAGGAAACAAACCGCAAUUUGUCGCCUUCACGGAUUUGCAGAGGAAAAAAACCCAAAAUGUGCAAAACUGAGAGGACUGGGGUGAAAAGCAAUUAAGGGUGAUUUAUAUUCGCGUAGAAAGCAAUGCCCUCUAGAAACAUGCAUAUUCAGAUGGUGUUCCCCAGCUCUAAGCUCAUGACAAAAAUCAGCGAUAACAUCUGGAGACUUCAUUCGCGUUGCUUCUCCUUCUGUGCGUCAUUGGGGCAGGCUGGUUUUGGGGGUGGGAGAGAAGAGAGCUGGAGGUACUGCGGCACCCGCCCAGAGCCCCGGCUGACCCCGCGCUCGGGCAGAGCUGGUGGAGGGCGGGGAAAGGGGAGAGUGCAGCUGGAGGGGACGGGAUGGGCGUCCCGUGCCUGGGGGGCAGGCUGUCUCAGGAAGGAGAGCAGCCUUGGGGAAAGAGGCAAAAACAUUGAGUAAAACGGCGUUAUCUCAAAUUUUCCUUUGUUCCCAAGUCUUUAUAGACUUUCUCUGCCCUUCGGAAAGCGCUGCUCUUUCCCUGACCAUCGCUAUCCUCUGCAGCUCCUGCAUCCUCCUCCUGACGUGUCGCUGCCCCCCAUCCUGUUCACCUGCUUUGAGACCAACCCUCCAGCCUUCCCGCUGGAGACUUCUGACGUACCCCCACCAGUCCACCCCCUCCCGCAGCCCUCCCCUGGGCCAGCUGCCCCCCACCGCCCUAGUCCUUGUGUGUGUCGUGACAGCACCUCGUGUGUCGUGACAGCAGGUAUCAGCCUCUUGAGCUGAAGAGAGAUCACGGGGCCACGGACGUGCGGCCAGACUUCACCAGGGCUGUCUCAAGUGGUUAAAAGUCAACGGCCCGGAGCUGCUGGCCUCCCAGCUGAGACGUAUCUUCACGCAGAUCUUGAGGUCAGCACCGGUGCUCAGUUUCUCAUGAUCGUGCCUUUGCCGCGAGGCAAGCGAGACAUGAGCUCCCUGCAGGGAUGCUGCACCCUCUGCUCCAUCCUGCUGCUCCUCGGGGGAAACCUGGGUGUCGUCGUUGAAAUCCGGCAGGAUUUGGUCAACGGCACCGUGGGUCAGUCCGUGCUCCUGCCCGUCUCCUACACGCUCAGCAGUGCCUCUGGCUUCCCACUGGCGAUUUUCUGGACGUUCCAUAACUCCUCGGACAGGCUCACCUCCUGCACGGUGCAGAACUGCUCCCUGGGUGCCGGGGGGGUUCCCAGCGAUUGCUUUGCAAAUUGUUUCACCCACGCCACGUACCAUGGCCGUGCUGAGCUCUUCCCCCAGAACGGGUCCUUGCUGCUGCGGGACCUGCAGCUCAGAGACAGCGGAGUUUACAAUGUCACCUUCAUAUCAUCACACCAAACCUGGGACAUCACCCUGACCGUGCACGAGCAGUGUCGGACCCCGGAGAAUCCAGGCAAGCCAGGAACGGAGAAGCCAGAAUUCUACUACAUACCUGGAAUUUGCUCUUCAGUCCUCCUCCUGCUCUUCCUGUUCAUCUGCUUCAAAUGGCGCUGGGGUGCAGCUCAGCAGAAGAAGGGGAGAACCACUAAACAACAGCAGGUCUCCAGCGUGGAGGAGUUCCACAUGCAACGCCCCGCCGUGAGGGACAUGGCAACCAUUUAUGCCAGAAUCGGAGACAGCUUUGAACAGCCACAGCCCAGACCGACGUCAGAGGUCGUGUACACAACCAUAACUUCUGAUCCAGAACCGGACGCUGGAUACUACCAUGUCCUGGCUUGACUGGGGGAGCUGCCUCGAGCGGGACCUUUGCAGCAGGUAGUUGUGCCUCAAAGCGAAGAGGAUGUUUUUGUCGCUGAUGCUGUCACCGCUGAUGCUGCACCCUCGGUGCUCCCCCUCCAGCAGCUCCGCACGCUGAACCUGGGCUUGAGAGGAUUUGGAACGACAGACUGCAGAAACGCAUUAGUUUGCCUCGAACUGCAGGCUCUCUCGAAUUUGAGGGACGAGCUGGUUUUAGUUUCUCCUUGAGACUUCCUGACAGUACCAAGACAACCGGCGUAAGAGAAGGAUCCCUAAGGCACAGGCAAAGCAACGGUUAGUCCGUGGGAAGCUUGCUCACCUCGAGGGGCAAUGGAGAGCAUGAAACGGGUUUUAAUCGCGUGUCCCAGGUUCACUACCAAUAGUCUUGCCGUAUUAAAAGAAUAUAUGAAGAUCCUUUGACCUGAAAAGUUGUCCUUAUUUUUAUAAGUAUGCCAAGUGAUUGUUGAGCUGACUCUUCCUACCGUGAAAUUUGCUUCCCCUCGGGAUCCCAGGGCAACAGGUUCCUCUGUUGUUUUGCAAUGUCCCUUUGCAGCACAAGGAGAUGGGGCUUUCUGUAUAAUGCAUUUCCUAGCACAUAAUGCCACUUCCUCAAAAUUUGUAUGCGUGGCUGGAA